UAUAACGAAAGGUUCCUAAUAAUUUUAAGAAACAAAUUCGAUAUCAGAUACCAAAAUAGUAUUCAAAAUUAAACGUAAGAUUGUCUUUAGCAACUUAUCAUACAGAAAAAUAAUUUAUUUUCAGAUGAUAAGUCGCUAACUGGACAAAAUUCGUCGGCUCGGCGACAUCUGCAUAUACUCUUCACGAUAACUAGUAUUGUACCGUUCAAAAAACAAAAUGGCUACCGCUGUUUUAUUUGCAAUAAAGAUAUCGAUUAUACUAAUCUCAAGAAGCACACGAAAUCUCAUGGAUAUGACUUUUUUUUAAAUGAGGCUAACGAUUUACCAAAUGUGAUCGAUGUUGAUACAUCUGAAAGUAUUUGUGAAAAUUGCAAUGUUGUUUUUGAUAGUUUUAAUGAAUUGCUUUUACAUUUAAGUAAAAAACAUAGUUUUAAUGAUAAACACGUAAAUUUAAAUGCUGUUAAGUUAAAUGAAGAAGCCGACGAUACAGUCAAAUCGGAUUUGAAAUGUGAUAGGUGUUCCAAAGUUCUCAUAUCCAAAUUAGGAUAUAAAUAUCACAUGUCCAAGUGCGGUGUGAAAACUAGGACGUGUAGGAUUGACAAUAAAACUAAAAUAGUUAAACAGAAUAUAGCCUGUCUACUAAACAUGUCAACUGUGAUGCCAUUUAAGUUUUUCAUGAAUAGAUUUCGUUGUUUCUAUUGUUCAAACGAUUUUGUAGAAUUCGAAAUAUUAAGGGAGCAUACGAUAUCCCAACACACGCACUGUGAUUUAAAAAGUAAAACUAUGAAAUUUCUAAAAGGUAGGGAUAUAGGUCUCAAAGUAGAUAUAUCGAAUCUAGCAUGCAAAAUUUGUCGUAACGAAUACGCAGAUAUGAAGUCCCUCAUAGAUCAUUUAGUCGUCAAUCACGAAGCGAAUUACGACAAAUCCGUAAAAUACCUUCAAUCGUUCAAAAUAGCAAAAGACAAUAUACCUUGUCCCCUUUGCCCAAAUGUCAUAUUCCAAUACUUUAGAAAGUUAUUAGAACACAUGAAUUCGUUUCAUUCGGUGGAUAAUUUUGUUUGCGCAUACUGCGGGCAGACGUUUGGAAACAAUUAUAAUUACAGAGCGCAUAUAUCGCGAUACCAUAGGAAAUCUGCAGUAAAAUGCAUUGAUUGCAAUACAGAGUUCACGACGCUAGAUAAAUUGGCUCGUCACAAAGCAAGAACGCACGGGGAAAAGAGCUUCAAAUGUACAGAGUGUCUGGACAGAUUCAGCACGCAAUAUCUCCUUCAGAAACAUUUGAUUACUGCGCACAGUUCGGGCCAUAAAUGCGGGUACUGUAAUAAAAUGUUCACACGUAAUUCGCACAUGAGAAAUCAUAUACGACGAACUCAUUUGAAGGAGAAGAAUUUCGAGUGCAGUGUAUGUAGCGAGAGGUUCUUCGAUAAGGCCCUUUUGAACAUGCAUAUGGUAAAACAUAUAGGUGAGAGGAAUUAUCAUUGUGAUAUAUGUGGAAAACGGUUCUUGUGGAAGAAGAAUUUGAGGGGACACAUGACUUCGCAUGAUCAGAUUUGAAGUUUAAAUUACGCUGUAAGCUUCAGCUUUAUCUCGAUAGUAGUAUCAUCUCUUCACAAGGGUAGCAAAUGCUUCGAGUGUUGCGUUUGCAGGAAGAAUUAUAUUUGGAAGAAGAAGAACUUGCGAGCACAUAUCAGUUCAAAUCACGAUGUACUAUUUUAAAUUAUAUUAUAUUGUAAAUGAUCAGUAUCAUCAUCACAGUCCAUUAUGUCCCCACUACAGGGACAAGGGCCUCCGUGUUCAGGCCAUAAUCCACCACGCUUGCCAAGUGCAGGCAGAUGUCACAUGUCGUCAAACUAUUGAUUCUUCGACAUGUCGGUUACGACGUUUUUCUUCACCGUUUUGAGCAGAGGUGAUGAUAUAUUAAGAUAUAUAAUUGUAAAGGAUAUGGAAAAAAAAUC